UGCGUGUGAAAUUGUCGGGUUCGUUUUGUCGUCUCUGAUUUAAAAGAUCAAUUUUCGUGUUUCGCGGUGCUGUCCGGUUCAGGAAGUGGCAAAAUAUUGCGUCCGAAAGUGCCUUAACGGUGGGAGACUGAGAUUUUCUAGGAUGGGGUAGCAGUUAAUAGGUCGAUUUUGGGAAAUCGCUCCAAUGGAGUUUUUCUCCUGCCAUCCAUCCAUGUCACUUUUUUGGGCUAGGCCAUCGAGACGUGAAGAAAACUAGUACGAAGAGUAAAAACAUGUUUAUACAAACAAUGUGAGAAAGAGGGAGAUAGUACUGCAUCGAUUGGUUUCACUCACUCCACUGGAUUAUUCCGCGCGGUUGCUUUGUGUGUAUGUGCGAACGUGUUAUUUGAUCAUCCUACACAAACGCACCGAGUAGGGAUGUUUUCUUUCACUAUACAACUGAGGUGAAGAUUCGUGAAAUACGUUGUCGGUGUUUUAAAAGUCGAAGAAAAUAUUUUAAUUUGGUUUUUGUGAAAAUACUGUGCUAAGUGUAUUUAAUGCAAAUUAAAAGUGUUUUCGCGAUAUAAACCCUUAGAUUACCCAUCUUCAGCAACGAAAAAAAGUGGAAAGUGACAGCGCAGCGAGACGGUGAAACUAUUCGCUCGCCACAACCCAAUGCCUAGUGUGGUGCUGCAACGGCAGCAGCAGCAGUAGUAGCGCAUCUCUUCUCUAUACGGCCCCUUGCUGCCUUCUGGGGUUGGCUGGAGUGGUAUUUGUGCCGGUCUAUCUGCUGGCUGGACAGUUUGUGUGCCACCGCCUGUGUCCGUCCGUAUAGAGAUAGAGAGAAAGAUUGGUGCGGGCACCGACAACCACACAAGAUCCAGACAGCCGAAGCAAAAAAAACACCAGAAGACUUCACGGUACUCUCAGUCAGUGUACGGUAGCGAGGGCGAAUAAUUCAGUUUCGUACGUUCGCGUCGGUCGAUCAGUGUAUCGCGUAAGGAGCAGUCAACUUACUUCUUCUACUUCUGGUGGAGAUCCAUCAUCAUCAUCAUCAACACCAGCAAGAAGUUAAAGGAGUUAAUGUCUCGAAAUCUUUGGAAGUGAAGUCGUCUGGUCCAUAAACCCCACCCGAUUUCGAUUGGUCGUGAAGAGUGUGUGGUCCCAAUAAUCGUCUUUGGAGAAUUUAUAUCAGUGUGGUCUUAUACGUGUGACAUCAACCAGACCGCAGAAAGUGCCACUUCAAUAUUUGCUUGCGCUAUUGGGAUUGGAAUUUUUCUGCCGAAGAGCAGGGAGUCGAGGGAGGUGGUAGAAAUUAAUGUGAUUGGGGCAAGAAGCAAUAGGUUUAAUUCCGCAGGUUUUGCGUUGAUGCCUUCCAGAAUCUGUGCCCGUUGUCUGAGCGGGUGUGAAUUGUGAGUCUAGUUUUAGUUAAGGGCAGGGAAAUGUAGACCACAAAGUGAAAUCUGUGUCCACAAAAUGCUUCACGAUUGGCGUUCCGUGUUGUCCACAUGUGAGUGUUGUCUGAGUUUUUACUGCAAAGUGAAAAUCGAAGACGAUGGAAGGGUUCGAAAAUUGAACGAGAAUCAUUUCUAGUUUUUUGUGAAAAUCGUUCUACCCCUUCUUUUGGCGUUACGAAAUCAGUGCCUAAGGAAAGUCUCCAAGAGAAUAUGUUUUCAUACUGCCAAAUGUUGUAAUCGAAUCGAAGCCAACCUAUCCGUAGGAGGGCUCAAAAAAGUGAAGCAAAUCUUGUACCAAGAAAAUAGUUAUCGUACACCCAAGUUCGAAUACUGUGUCUUGAGUCUCGAAUUGACUCCAAGAAAAAAGAGUCUGGCUUUGGGGUUUUCCCCCAAAGUAUCCACAAUCACAUAGAUCCAGCCAGCAGCAGUUCCCCCCGUUAGAUAGAUAGUGCAUCGGUAUAAGUGUGAGGUGUCUUGUCUUCAUUGAAGUGCCCUGCUCACAACACAACCCAGUGUGGUGUCUGAAGAUAUCGAGUGUGUUUCCUUUCGGUCGUUCGUUCGGCACAUGCCACCACAUAUCGGUCAUAAUUAUCGUCAUCAGCAGAAAACAGCACUGGGGCUGACAGAGUGUGUCGUAAGAUUCAGUAAUCCGGCAAAACAGCAGAAAUAAAUAACCAGAAAAAAACAGGCUGGAAUUCGCUUGACACCAAUACAGAAGUCCUAGCGCGCGCACACGCAAACACACAACAACAAUAAUAAUAACAACAGUGGGAGUUCGAGUUCGCGUUAGCGUUUGUGUUGUUUUGCGUACUUCUGUUGGUCAAAGCGCUGAAACGGGGAUAACUCCCGAAGCGUAAUGUUGUGAGCAGUCCCGUGCCAGGAUUUUAUCGAAGGAGCUUUCCAAGGGCCAGAAAGAUUGUGAAUAAUAUACACUAGCAGUUCGUCUGGGAUUACUUCCCCCGGCGCUCUCUGGCUCCCUAAAAACGUGCUCGUGUUGUGUUUGCUGCGUUCAUCAUUCAUGGAUAACAACGUCCCCUCGUCUGGACCGUCGGAAAGGUCACCGUUACAUCAUCAUCACAGUCGCACUUCUUCGAGCAGCAACAUCAAUGGAAACGCCAACAUUGGCCCACAAGCACAAUCGAAUCAUCACCAGCAUCAUCAGAACAACAACAUCAACAGCAAUAACAACAACAACAGCAACAGCAGUAACAGCAACAAUAGACAGCAGCGUCCACAGACUCUGACGCCAACCCGAGAAUCGCCGGCCAAAAAUGCAGGAUCCGUUCCAAUGCUUACCCUCAAUGUGGUCGUUAACAAGGACGCCAAUGGGUAUGGCAUGAAGGUUUCCGGUGACAAACCAGUGUUUGUCGAAAGCGUUAAACCAGGCGGUGCCGCACAAAAGGCCGGUUUGAUGGCCGAGGAUAUGAUACUGAAGGUUAAUGGAACAUCUGUACGAUCCUCGACGCACACGAACGUGGUGGAGUUGAUCAAAGCUUCCGACAUUGUUGAAUUGACAGUGCAGCGAAGCAACAACAGAAUGCAGCGAGGGUCGCCUUCGACGACAUCGAUCACUCCGACGACGCCGGUUGCCCCCCGGAACAGUAUCACCGCGCCACUUCCCGUUGACCAUGCCAAGCAACGGGAGAUGGAGUUCCACAAAAUCAAAACCCUGCGGCUGAUGCUGGAGCAGGAGAAGAAGAACCUGGAGAACCUGAACUCGAGCAACAAACAGCGAACGCCCGAGAGUCUCCGAGCCGAGGCCACCAUCAAGAAGCUCCAGGAGGAACUGUCCCAGAUGUGCGGAGAGGAUAUCUCCCUCCCACCAUAUACAUCCGCCACAUCACCACUUUUUGCACAACCCCCACCCCAGAACACCUCCACACCAGCAUUCCUAUCCCGGUUUCCCCGGUCAUUGUCCUCCCUUAGCCUGGGAACGAAAAAGAAAUCAGCCGACAAGGACAACGUCAGCUCCCCGAACUCUUCCGGUGGGAAUUUGGGAACGCCGGAGUGUCUCAGCCCGACCAGCCAUCUGAACCAUCUGAGUGGUGGACCCUUUGCACAUCUCGGAACCGGCGAUGGAGGAACGCCGACCAAGAAGAAGUACAGCAACAGUAGCCUGUCGGAUCGGAACCACCAUCACCUGGGCAAACACGACCAGCCGCCACCCUUGCCUCAGCGAAACAUUCCAAAACGGUCGGAAUCCGCGCUGGAUGCGACCGACACUGUCGGAUCCCGGCGAAACAUUGUCGUCUCCGAUCUGGAUCAUUCCGUACUAAGCAGCGUCCCGGCAGCCGGCGGGAAUGCUGCCAAUAAUAAAUGUGUGAAUAAUAAUAAUAACAUAAGUAGCAUAGUAAGUGGUCCGUCGAAGGUGAGCAAAAGCCGGAAGAAGAAGCACGCCAAUAUCGGCGACCCGAAGCAGGAACAGGCGGUACUGGCGACGAUGUACCAUCACGGAACGGAACGCGGCGGAGGAGGCGAACUCCAGGCGGAACCUCCUCCAUUGCCACCCCGGCAGCCCGGAAUGAUGGAAGUCAAUCAGAAUCUUAUACUGAACAAUGACAACAUCGGAACCAACAACUGUAACAGUACUAGCAACAACAACAAUGGCCGGGUCAACAGUCCGGACACGCGACCACCCCCGAACAGUAUUAAUACUCUGCUGAGCUACCCGCUGAUUACGACCUGCACCCCGGUACGGGACAGUUUGGCGGCCGCAUUCCCAUUUUCGCAGCGUCCCAACAUUGUGCACCAGCUGCAGCAACAUCAGCACCACCAGCAAGCCGCACUGAACGCAUCGAAUCAACCGGCAUCGCACAUGAACCAGUCCAUCAACAAGAAGCAUCGCCGGAUAGUGUCCUCGCCGGAAAACAUUAAUGCCAAGGAUUUCGGCGACCAUGGUUCGCUCAUUCCACGGCACCAGAAAACCUCAUCCGAUUCGUGGGACAAACGAUCUCAGGAAAUAACGCCGCCCGGCACGCCUCCCCCUCCCUAUCCUAGCUCAUCAUCGCUUCUGGGCAGCAGUGGCGGCGUUGAUGGCCAUCAUCUGCACCACGAGCUGGCGAUGGCCGCCGGUGUCGGAAACAUGAACCAUCAGAUGCAGCACCAUCAUCAUCCGCAAUCGGCUUCCUCGAACCAUCAAGGGCCGGCCGGUCCCGGAAGCAUAAUGGCCGCCCAGAGCAACGAGGCCCAGAAGCCGAUCAUCUCCAUGGAGGACGAUGAGAUUUCCGACCAGGAAAGUUUCAUCGAAGAGCACGGGCCGUUCCGGUCGCUGAAGCAGCUACUGGAGCAGGCUCACUCGGCACAUUUAGCAGUAUUUCUGAACUACGUACUUUCCAACUCGGACCCGUCCCCGUUGCUUUUCUAUCUGAUCUCGGAUCUGUACAAAGAGGGUAGCAUCAAGGACAUGCGCAAGUGGGCAUACGAGAUCCAUUCGACGUUUUUGGUACCCGGAGCUCCCCUUCUUUGGCCAAACGUGGACGAAUCGCUGGCCCGGGAGAUCGACGACAUCCUGCAGAAGGAGAACGACAAGGUCGAAAUCCUGCGGCGGGUGUUCUACAAAAGCCGCAACAAGGCCCGCGACUACAUCAACAUCCAGCUGCAGGAGUUCCAGCUCAAGCGGACGGCCGGCCUUGGAACGAUGUACGGUCCAACCGACCAGCAGCUCGCCAGUGCCAAAGGCGACAAGGUCCGGGAGCAGCGCAUUGUCGAGGAGACGCUGCUCCCGAAGUUACAACAGUAUUUAGAGGAAAUCGAGAAGGAGUCGCCGAAGGAGUGCCCGAAGAAGUCGGCCCUCUGCUCCGCCCUGUCCACGGUGCUGCAGAGGUUUUUCGUGACGCGCUCGACGCCAGGUAGCCCGAUCGACAAGGUGCACCACUUUGUCAGCCGGGAGAAGAGCUUUAAAAGUAGACUGAUGGCCAAAAACCGGAAACAGGACAUCCUCGGCCACAACCUCCGACUGCAACCGUACUACGAGGUGACGCGAUGUAACCACUGCCAGAACAUACUCUGGGGUGUGAGCCCGCAGGGAUACCACUGCUCUAACUGUGAACUGAACAUCCACCGGGUAUGUGCAAAAGAUCUGAACGAGUAUUGCCCCGGGCCAGCACCGCUCAAGAACGACAGCAGCAAGAUCACCAAACUCAUGGAGAAGAUUUCGAGCCGGAACCAUCAUCAAGCCGACAAAAUGAGGAGGCAUGAAGAUGAUGGUGCCGGCGAGGAUGGACUGGGUGGUGAUCGGCCAACCAGCAUAUCGUUAGCCCGGCAGCCCUCGGACCGACGACAGGACUUCAACAGCAGCAAUGUUAGUUCCUAUUCGGAUUUUCUCAGCAAUUCCACCGGCGAUCCGGGCACCUUUGUCCAAGGUGCCGACAAUGAUCAGUUCCGGGAUAGUGUCAAAUCAAAAUCGGCGCCGGUCUCUGUCAAUCGGUCCGAAUCGUACAAGGAGCGAUCGCAGAAGAAAACGCGCAAUACCCGCCGGAAAACGUCGGACCCCAGUCUGACGAAAACGACUGACGAACAGAAUGAAGCCGCAGCGUUGAUUAACAGCAACUAUUCGAGCAGUUCCACAUCUAGUCUUCCAUUGGCCCUGGACAGCCGGUCCGCCUCGCUGGAGGCGGUCGGUGGAAUGCCCCCGGCGGCAGCAACCAUGACGGGAUCCCUGGCUGGUUCGGGAAUACCCGGCAGUAUGGCCACCGGAACGACGACGGGGGCCGCCAACAGCAACGCUUCCUUUGCCGCCGCCGCCAACAGCUCGAUCCUGUCCAACAGUAGCUGGUCCACGACGGGUGCCGGUGGUGGUCCCAAUUCGAGCUUCGGAACCGGGCUGCUGCCGCCUUCCUACUUUCCUACCGCCCGCGAAUGGGUGGACAGCGAGGACGAGGGCAACCUGGAACCGGAAGCGGACUGGAGCUCCAACAUACCGGCCGAGAUACUGGCCACGCUGAGCGAUGCCGAGAAGAAGCGCCAGGAGGUUAUCAAUGAAAUUUACCAAACCGAACGGAACCACGUUCGAACCCUGCGGCUGCUGGAAGGAAUCUUCAUGCGACCGCUCCAGGAGUCCGGUGCCCUACCGAACGAGCUGCUGCAGCUUCUGUUUCCCCCUUCCCUGCGCAAACUCCAAGAGCUACACCAAACCUUCGAGAGCAAUCUCAAGCAGCGACGAACGGAACACUGCAAUAUUGUCCGGGAAAUCGGUGAUCUGUUGACCCUGAUGUUCGAUGGUCAAUCCGGUGAGGAUUUGCUGGAACAUGCGGCGUACUUUUGCGCCCGGCAACAGAUCGCCCUGGAGGCUCUGAAGGAGCGCCGAAAAAAGGACGAAAAUCUGCAAAGGUUGCUUAUCAAAGCCGAAUCCCACAAGGCUUGUCGGAGGUUGCAACUGAAGGAUCUGCUACCAACCGCGCUCCAGCGACUGACCAAGUAUCCGCUGCUGUUCGACAGUUUAUACAACAUCACCGUUCGGGUGCAGCCGGACAACGAAACGGAAGCGCAGGCCAUCAAGAAGGCCCACGAAUACUCCAAGCGGAUACUGGACCACGUCAAUCAGGCGGUCCGGGCGGAAGAGGAUGCCCAUAAGUUAAUGACCAUUCAACGCAAAUUAGACAAGAGUGGUUUAGACAAGGACGCUCCUAGUGAAUUUAGGAAUAUAGACUUAACUGUACGUAAACUAAUCCACGAUGGACCGCUGACGAUGAAAAAGAAUCCGGGAGUCCAACUGCACGGAUUGCUUUUCGAAGACAUGAUGGUUCUGUUACAGAAACAGGACGAAAAGUACCUACUAAAGUACCACUCUAGUCCCGGGCUCGGUGGCAACGAGAGCAAGAUCACCGAGGGCCGCUUCAACCCGAUCACCAAGAUCAACCUGAUCCUGGUGCGGCAAAGUGCCGUCGACAAGAACACCUUCUUCCUGAUCAACACCAACGUGUCGCAGAUGCUGGAGCUGACGGCGCCGAGCAGUUCCGAGUGCAAAACGUGGUUCAAGCACAUCUCGGACGCAGCCGACGCCUACAAAGCCCGUACCAAAGGUUCGCACGACUUUAGCGAGGAUUCGGCAACCCAGCCGGGUCAACCACCAAAGGACAGCUUCGAGACGGUUACGGAGGCACAGAAAAUUGAACAAAUUUCGACGCCCAUCGAUCGGCUCGAGCGCAAGGAUAGCACGCUGCAGUGCCGCGCCGUCAGCACCGGAGGCCCUGGAACGGCCCCAUCCAGCCAAACCCAUUCGACCGCUGGUGGCCAAAACGUUCACGGCGUUCACACCAAGCACACCGGAAGCGGCGGUGUCCACAGCAGCAACAACCUCAACAACAACAACGAGGAUUCGCUGCCCAACAAAAAUCGCUCGAUAAAUGAGACUGAUGACAAUGCCGAGAACGAGGACCGGGAGAAGUGCAAGCGGCGAAGUAUGCUCGGUUCCGUCAACGGUUCGUCGAUGGCCACCGUAACCGGAAGCGAUGAGGAUGACGAUGACGACGACGUGGAUCAAAAGAAUGAUCCGGAUGACAGUGGCUCGAAUAUGGGAGGAAGAAGGAGACGGGGCCGAGAAUCUAACAGUACCAGGGCUCGUACCCAGGAGUGUUCGCUGGUGGCCCCCAGCGAAAUUCAUGUCAGCGUGAGCAACACCCUGACGGCCGAGCCGAUUCUGACGCCUUCAGAAAAACUGCGGCGCCUGGAUCAGGCGAUCCGAAAGACGCUGGUCGAGAAGCAGCGAAUCGUGUGUGAUAUGUUCAAAGUGCCGGACGAGCACUUCCUGGCCAUUGCCGACAUCGCCGGUCUGCCGGAAGCGCCCCAAAAGGAACCGACCGAUAUGAUCCUGGCCGCGUUUGCCCACAUUCAGUCGCUGACCGAUGUGCUUAAUGAGCACCUGCGGGUAACCCAGAGUCAGGAGAUCUCGGCCGUGUCCACCUCUAUCUGUGAUGAUUGCAAUCGUAGCCGGACUGGUACCGGUUCAUGUCCGGGGACCGAGGCCACCGCUGCCGUAGCUGGAACGGAACUGAACGGCGGUAGCGUUAGUUUGGGUACCGGAAAUCUGCAAAGUACAAACACGGCUGAUCCUGGCAGCACUCACAAGGCUCAGGUGCUUCCAACAAGUGGUGGUGUGCCACCCAUAGCUUCCGUACUCCAGUCCGAUCACCCAGUCAACAUCACCGAAGACGAGGACGGGUACUGUGAAAUCGAUGAAGUGAGGGCUGCAGCCGUUCUGCUCGAAUCUCAGCUGGCUGAAGCGGAGAAGCUGAAAAAACUGGCCGCCGAAGCAGACGCGAAAGCUGCCCUGGAAUCAGCAAACCUUCUUGACGACAGCGGAGGACGGAAGAGUCCCGAUUCGCACACCGAAAUCAACGAAAACUACGAAAGCGCUCAGCCUCAGCCGCUCAUCGGAAUCGAUCUGUGCGGCAGGAAUCGGCUACUGCACGCAUCCUCCCUAGUCCCAACCAUACCGUGCCAUCUGAUUGCCAGCUACGUGACCGGGCUGAAUGCGCAAAUUUCACAGCUUUUGCCAAAAAUUAGUGAACGCGACCUGGAGCGGGAGCAGCUGCGGAAAGAAAAUCUUCAUUUACGGGAACUGCUGAAUGCGAUGCACCAGGAGAAAGUUUUAGAAACACAGGAAACUAUUGAAGUACCCGUAACUGAGUCAGACUCUCAAUCUCCGGCGGCGACAGCAGCAGCUGUAGCAGUACCACCACCACAACUAGCCCCAGCAACCCCGGAUCCUAACAGCGGCAACGUUGCAGCGUUGAUCCAAGGCGAGUAGAGUUGAAGGGUUGCCUGCAAUUCUAGAGACGACUCCACGCGGACACCAUUGUAAGGCCUUAGAGCAUAAACGGACUUGUUAGAGUAACAAAAAGAAGUAGUGUUUUUGAUGGCAGAGAGGAGAAAACCAAGUUAUACUCGAAUAUUUGUACCAAAACGUUUAGGACCCAAGUGAGGGCCAAUUCGUCAUCGUCUUCGUCGUCGUUUUUUCAUCGUUUAAAAAAGCCUUAUCGAGCGGAGGAUAUGGAUGGAUCCAUGUGCAAAGACUUUUUUUUAGUGUCAAAUUUUUAUCGAAAUGGCUAGGCGGCCCCCUUCAUCAUCAUCAAAGCAAAACUGAAAACGCAAGCACGCACGAUGGAUAAUCAAAAACGAUCACAAUCAAGCAAUGUUUUUCCCCGGCGCCCAUCCCAAGCAAAGCAAAA